CCCCUCACCUCUAACACUCCCCCCGGGGCAGCCAUGAGACCGCCGUGACCUCUGACCCCCCCGGCACCCCCCGGGACCCUCCCGUCUCCCCCCGUCCCCCCCCCCCCGGCACCGCCGCUCCCGGAAGAACCGAGGGGAGGGGCGGGGGGAGAGCGGCAGCGAGAGGAGACGGUGAGCAGGAUGGCGGCUGCCACCAUGGGCGGUGGCACCGGUGGUGGCACUGGUGGUGGUACUGGUGGUGACACUGGUGGUGACAGUGGUGGUGGCAGUGUCCGUGCGGGUGUCCCGGGGCGCGUACAGGCGCUGCGGGAUGAGGUCUCCGGGGUCACCUCCAUCAUGAGCCACAACCUGGAGCAGAUCCUGGCCCGGGGGGAGAACCUGGAGCGGCUCCAGAGCAAGAGCCAGGACCUGGAGGCCACCUCGGAGCAGUUCCGGACGACGUCCCAGCGGGUGGCCCGGCGGUUCUGGUGGCAGAACGUGAGGGUGCUGGUGGGCCUGGGGGUGCUGGGGGACCAUCCUGCUGCUCCUUGUCAUCCUCCUGGCCACCGUGUCAUCCCCACCUAGGACACCCCGAGGACACCCCAGAAAUAAAGGGACAACACG